AUGCCUUCAAGUAAGCUGCGCGAGGUUACGAGUAGUACCACACGAAAUGGUGCCUCAAGACGCUCUGUCAAUGUUUUCACAGAAAACCCCAUAGUUACAGGGCCACGGACUAGCCGGCCCAAGAAGAAGCUCGUCGAAGUUAACACGAGCGACGAAGACCUGGACGACCAGGAAGAAGAUGAAGUGGACGAUGAAGAUGCUCCCGGUGAGGAAGACGAGGAUGCAGAUGCGGAUGGAGAUUUAGACAUGGAUGAUGCUCCUCCGCAACCUCCAGUGUCAAAAAGACACGCCAAAUCUGCCGCGUCCACUUCUAAAGCAGUGAAAAGCGUCGAGGCAAAAGAGAUGGAACUAGAUGCCGAGGACGACGAAGAUGAUGAGGAGCUCUCUGAUCCUGAAUCGGAUGCCGAAGGUGAGCCUGACGAUCAGGAUGAGAAUGGACUUGAAAACGCCAAUGGAGGCGAGGAGGACCUAGAUGAGGAUGAAGAGGACGAGGAAGAUCUCGAUAGUGAUGAUGAUACUCCUACUGCCGAUCCCGCCAGGAUGACAAAACGCCAAAGGGGUAACUUGGGCAACGAUUUCUUGCAACUCCCGAUGGAACCACAAGUCAAGAAGCAUUUGACCGCAGAGGAGCGCGCCAUGCGCCGUGCUGAAAUGGCUCGCCGAAGAAAGAACCUUAGCGAAAAGCGCAAUGAAGAAGAAAAAAUGGAUACAAUCAAUAGGCUUCUACGGAAGCAAGCCCCGAAGAGGCGUGGUCGCAUUCCGGCUGCUGAAGCGGCCGAAACGGCCUCUGCAGAGCAGCAGACACAGGAAUUCGAGAGACUGGAUCCAGCUAUGGUCAGAUGGAUUAGUGGGCGCGAGGGAAGCAGGAUGAUUAUAUCAGAGGAAUGGCUUAGUGCUCCAGCAGGACGAGUCUUUGGGGAACCAUCCCUGGAAAGCAGUGGGCCUAGAAAGCUGGUGGAAGAAGUAUGA